AUGGCGAAACAAUGCUUCGUUGCGAUAAAUGGCAGCCGAGUGGCCAUAGGGUUCGUCCAAAUGAUUGAAGGGCCCGAGGGUAAAGAGGUCCUUGAAGACGUAGGAAGAAAGGCCGAGGAAAAGUCGGUGAAAGAUUUGGUGGAAGUGCGCAUUGACGAGAACGAUCCAACUAAAUUCUUCCUCUUGGGAUCAUCCUUGUCUAGCGCCGAGUGGAUGGAUUAUGUCAACUUCUUGGUUUCCAAUUUGGAGGCCUUUCCCUGGACACCUUACGACAUGCCUAGCAUCGACCCGAGCUUCAUUUGUCAUCAGUUGAAUGUCUUCCCCAAUGCACGGCCAGUCAUUCAAAGGACGCGCCGCUCAGCCUUGCAUCAUGCUGAAGUAGUGGCAAAAGAAGUGAAGAAUCUGUUGGAAGCUGGAGCCAUAGAGGAGAGGUUUAGCUUCCUGGACGCAUAUUGCGGCUACCACCAAAUAGCCAUGUAUAAACCGGACAGAGAGAUCACGUCGUUCACAACCCCCAGAGGCUUAUAUUACUACAAAGUCAUGCCGUUCGGACUAAAGAACGCCGGGGCGACUUUUCAACGGAUGGUGACAAAGAUGUUCGCCCCAAUGCUGGGCCGCACCAUGGAGGCCUACAUCGACGAUAUGGUGGUGAAAAGUAAGGAUAAAGCUCGGCACCUCUCUGACCUAGCGGAGAUGUAUGCUAUACUUAAACGCCACAAGCUUCGUUUGAAUGCUUCCAAAUGCGCCUUCGGAGUCGGCACUGGGAAGUUUUUGGGUUUUCUGGACACAAAUCGAGGGAUUGAAGCUGACCCGUCACAGAUCAAGGCUAUACAAGACCUGGAGCGUCCUAACUCCACGAAGGACUCCAAGUUCUUCUGGGAUGAUGAGUGCGACCGCGCACUAGCAGACCUGAAAGCAUAUCUCUCCUCAGCCCCUAUUUUGGUAACACCUCAGCCAGGCGAAGAGUUGUACCUCUACUUGGCUGUCUCUCAACACGCAGUCAGCGCGGUAUUGGUUCGUGCUAAAGGCAUCCAGCACCUACCGAUCUUCUAUGUAAGCAAGACUCUGCUCCCAGCCGAAACGAGAUAUCUUCCGUUGGAAAAAUUGGCGUUGGCCCUAAUGAUGGCGUCAAGAAAGCUGGCACACUAUUUUCAUGCCCAUACAAUAGUUGUGUUAACUGAGUUCCCGCUCAAAGUGCUUUUCGAAAAGGCAGACUUCACUAGGAGAAUUUUGAAAUGGGUCGUGGAAUUAGGGCAAUAUGACAUCAAGUUCCGACCGCGCACCGCAAUCAAGGCUCAAGCACUUGCUGACUUUGUGGCAGAAUUUGCCCCUGGGAUGCAUCCAGUCUGCCCAAUUGAUUUGGUUGGCGCGGAUUUAGCACAACCCAUGGUUCUGGCAACAAAAACAAAUGUUGGUGCGCAAGAGGAGGAAGGGCAAAGAGCGACCGAACCAGCGAAGGCGAACGACUCGACAAAGGAGGAAGUCAACCAUGACGAGGAAAGAGACCAAAAUGAGCCAACCAGAGACUUGGAAUUGAGAAGCUCCCAGAACCCCUCUGAUUGCUGGAAGCUGUUUAUCGACGAGAUGUGGAAGCUCUUCGUUGAUGGGGCGUCCAACAAACAUGGGGCCGGGCUGGGCAUCGUGCUGAACUCGCCGGACGGGCUGAUCAUCGAGCAGGCAAUUACACUCGGCUUCCCAGCAUCCAACAAUGAGGCUGAGUAUGAAGCUCUCCUUGCCGGACUAAGAAGCGCGCUGAGAAUGAAAGCCACAGCCCUUAUGGUAUUUAAGAUCAAGAAGUUCGCUGCAAUAAGGAUGGAACAAAUCGACCGCGAGGAAAAUAGCGCGGCUGAUGAAUUGGCCGGACUUGUUUCUGCUCAGACAGCUUUUCCUAACCCCUUGAUGAUAGAAUUUUUACCCCGGCCAAGCAUUGAGGAACCAGAAUCAGCCGAGGUACUCUGCACCGACUUGGGCCCUUCUUGGAUGGAUCCUAUCAUUGCCUUCCUGAAAAAUAGAAUUCUACCAGAAGAAAAGAAGGCGGCACACAAGAUCCGGGCAAAGUCAGAGCGGUUUUGGCUUUCCCCGUCCGGGGCCUUGUACAAGAAGUCUUUCACCGGGCCGUAUUUGAAAUAUGUCCACCCCACCAAGGUGGAGGCUUUCCUCUAUGAGAUACAUGAGGGCAUCUGUGGCAGCCAUACUGGGGGCAGAUCCUUGGCUUACUGA